UUAUUUUAUUUUAUUUUAUUUUAUUUUAUUUUAUUUUAUUUUAUUUUAUGUGUCCCCGGAACUUCCUGUCCACCAGCAAGCAGUUUCCGGCACGUGACUAAGGGGAUUCUUCUUAUUCUUUUCUGAGAGACUUUCCACGCAGACAUGCCCCUCGCAAAAGAUUUGCUGUACCCUACUCAGGAGGAGGAAAAGAGGAGACACAAGAAGAAGCGUCUUGUUCAGUGUCCUAACUCCUAUUUUAUGGAUGUGAAAUGUCCAGGUUGUUAUAAGAUCACCACCGUGUUCAGCCAUGCUCAGACUGUAGUUCUGUGUGUCGGCUGCUCGACUGUCCUCUGCCAGCCAACAGGAGGGAAGGCCCGUCUGACAGAAGGAUGCUCCUUCAGGAGGAAACAGCAUUAGAUGGAGCGGGCCGUGGCUGUACACAUGACAUGAGAAGCUGAAGGACAUCAAGUGACGCCGCCAAAGUCCAGAUGCAGGAAGAUGACAUGGAGAGUGAGGGGGGGGGUCCAUCGAGGGCCAUCCAUCGUGCCUGGUGUUGCUGAGACUCCCACACCUCAUAUCUUUUAAUUAUUCUCUCUAAAAUAAACCUGGGGUUCCUUUGAUUAAGCACUUGUACAUAUUUGCCAACAGUCUUUUUUUUUCUCUGUAUAGCAAAGAUUAUUGGAUCUAAUUUGAUAAAAAGCAUCAAUCAGCUUAAAGUGUCUUUGUGAUGAAAGAUGUAUUGAGUUGGCAAAGUUUAGUGCAUUACACUUCAGAGUGAUUAACAUUUGCAGGAAGUUGUUUGCCAAAAAUACUUGAGUUCAAAAGAUUUGUGCAAAAUGAUCAUUAACACUAAAUCAUUUGCAUGUCAGACGAUGAGUGAUGGCUGGAUGAACCCUUUUAUUUGAAUGCGUAAUCACAGAAUAAAAAUCAUUGUAUGUUUUUGGUGGGUGGCACAGUGAAGCUGGUAAUGGAUGCUGGUGGUGCAGAUUCCCCUCCGGGUCUCAGAAGAGCCGUUUGUUCGUAAACUGCAUCACUCGGGGGUGUGACUUCAUGAUAAUGAGGCCCACGGUUGUGAAUUUGCCAGUUCUUGCAAACUUCCUGUGGAAUUGACAAUGUGGGAUGGGUUCUUGUGAAGCCGCAAAAAACAAUCGGCUGCUUAUGAAAAAAAAAAACAAAAGUUGAGGAAUGUGAAUAAUUGAGGCUCUGCGGCCUGUAGCCCCUCACACCUUGUGUUUGGGCCGGUGGGCAUGUGGACCAUCUGCACCGUGUGUUCACCGCAGGUGGAAGCAGACUCUUCAGAGGAGGAAUUAUCAUUUAACAACUUCAUUGUUGCAAUGCUCUCACAUUUUUCCUCUGUCUUUUAUCUUGAACAGAACUUUAAAAUAAAGUGAUUUCAACUGCAAA